ACAUGAGCGGAUUUCCAGGAAAGAAGCGGAUGGAUAAGAAAAAGAAAGAACGGACACCGGCGGUAAAAAGCGGGCCACAGAUACUGGCAGAACAGAGAUGGGCCCGGAAGAUGCAGGCAGCACAGAAGGAUGCUGAAACGAGGCUUAUAAUUAAAAGGUGGGUAGACCUGAAAAAGACCUUACAGAAGCCGCGUGAAAAGAGGCUGGCAGAGCUAAGGGAGGCAGAGAAAAGGCUGGCAGAAGACAGUCGGGACAUGCAGAGGCAGGAGAGGUGGAGAGAGUGGAGGCAGAAGGAACGAGAGCUGUGGGAGGCAGAGCAGAGACAGAAAGAGCAGGAGCUCAACUCUAUGAAAAAACUUGAAAUUCUGCAGGAGACCAAGACACCUCACACACAGGUGCUUAAGUCUCCUACCAUCUUGGAGGAGUUAAAGAUACUGGAUGAACUGCUUGAGGAGACAGCAGAUAUCAAACUGCCAUCAAUGUCCCCCGUCCAUCAGCCAGUCUCCCCAACCCCCACACCCCUCCCACUGGGUAAAUAUGGAGCAUACUUGGGCCUCACCACCACCAAACCCCUGGAAGCUCAGGCCAGGCACCCCCACGGGGUCAAGCAUCCCACCUGCACACCUCUUCCUGAGGACACUCAAAUCUACACCCACCCCAUGGCCAACCAGGAGGAAGGAUUAGAGAGUGGACUGGCAAAGCUGCAAGUACAGGAGGCAUCUGUUGAGGAGAGUUCCAACAGUGACAUGUUGAUGAAAAUUGAGAAUGAGAUAAAGGCUGAGGAGGGUAAAGCAGCAAAGAAAGAGAGGGAGUUCAUAGAAAAGCAGAAGAAAGCAGAAAAGCUGGCGCAGGAGAAGAUGGAGAAGAAACAGAGGAAGCAGCUGGAGCAGGCAGAAAAAAGAAACAUGGAGAUUCAAACUAAGCUGGAGAAUGAGAGAUGCAAAAUGAAAGCUCUAGAAAGGAAAGAGAUGCAAAGGUUAGCAGAAGAGCAAAGACAGGAAAUGAAGAAGAAAGAAAAGGAAGAGAAAAAGGCAGAAAAAGGACAAUUGGAAAUGGGGUCUUUGCCAAAAUAUGGCUUCUUCGAGAAGAUAAAGAGGGCCUUUCAUUUCCACUGAUAAGAGAGACUUUCCAUCUACUGUAACACCAACCGUGACAAACAUCAGGGACUGCCCUUCUACACCUUUGCUCAGUCAUUUGG